CAACCUUCACCGUGUCUUCAUGAUGCAGAAAGAAAGCCAGCCAACGAGUCCUGCCUUCAACUUGAAGAAGUUUCGUUUCCAAAGAUCUCUGCUAAAGCUUCAAGCAUUUGCACGACGUAGUGAUGAUGAAUCUAAGAAAACAGAUGAGUUGAUGAAUGGGUUUCACAGUCCAAAUGGUAAGGGUGAUACGCAAGAUGGGGUAAGUGAACCUUCUGUGAGUAAUGGAACCCCUCCUCCAAAAAAGCACAAUCUGAAAGAUCUGAAGAGCUUCAGAAAAGGAAGAUUGAACAUGAGAAACAGUCCCUCUUCCAAGUUUGAGUCUGAGUCAACUUCCAUCAUGAGCCCUGCAUCUGACUCGGUUCGAACUGUACCAGAGACGCCAGAAUUCCCACAUGUGACAAAGCAAGAAGGGAUCUUCCAGAUGGAUGACCAGGAUUGUGAUGGUUUAAGUCCAGAAAGUCCAUUUUUCUGCAAGAAGAAGCGCCGCAUAAUUUUUGAGAGUGAUGGUGAAUCUUCUGAUGGUGAGAGGCCUGAGAAGAGUCCCACUUCUCACCUCACUUCGCAUUACACAGUAAAUGAUGACAGUGGAGAAGAGAGGGAUAUAAUUGCCAGAAAAGGCACAAAGAGAAAGCCUCUGUUGAGUGAUAGUUCUGAUGAGGAGGAGAGACAUAAGGAGGUGAAAAAGACAAAACAGAGUAAGGACAAUGAAAAAGUAGUCAUCCCUGGAAUUGUGUCCCAUGAUAUGAAUGUGGAAGAGGUGGAACGCCAUCUGCAGUUCCUUGUAGGAGCCUUUCCCAGUGUUGAUCCUCUAAUGAUCCAAGAUGUUUUGGUUAGCAACAAGUUUGAUGUCAACAAAGCUGUACAGAUGCUUGGUGUCAAGGAAUCAAAUGAAGAAGCUGCUAGGAAUGAAGAAUCUGAUGAAGAAGAGGACAAAGGAUGUCAAGGCAAUGUCUAUGACAGUGAUGACUCAGAUGAAGAAUCCAGAAAUGUGGUAACAGGAGAUCGGAGGAAGGUUCUUGAGUUUUUUCAGACAGCAACAGAAGCUGAACUGGCUCUGAUGCCUCGUUGUUCAGAGAAAAAGGCACAACUCAUAGUAUCUCUAAGGCCUUUCAGUGACUGGCCUACUCUGGUCAAGGUGCUGGAAGGUAACCAUCAGCUGUCCACAGCCCUGCUGAAUGGAGCUGAAACUGUUCUGCGCACCAGGGCUGUCCUGGAAAAAUUGAUGAAUCGCUGUCAGGAGAUGUCUGAACGUCUUCAGGGCUUGGUUGCAGAAAUCCUUGAGAAAGACCAAUUUGAAACAGCUUUCAUGGAACAACCAAAACUUCUCAAUCCCAAAUUGAAACUGGCUCCAUAUCAAUCUGUGGGGGUGAAGUGGCUGCAACUGAUGGACCAGGAAUGUGUGAAUCCUAUUCUGGCAGAUGAGAUGGGACUGGGGAAGACUGUUCAGUCAAUUGCAUUCCUUGCACACCUUGCAUCCCUUGACAACUCUGGUCCUCAUCUUGUUGUCGUACCUUCCUCAACACUUGACAACUGGUUGAAGGAAUUCCAUGCAUGGUGCCCUGAGCUCAAAGUCCUCGUGUUUCAUGGAACCCAGCAGGAAAGAAUGAGGUUGAAGAUGGAGAUUGUGAACCACAAUCUUAUGGAAUCCCAUGAUAUCUUUCUCACUACGUAUUCAAUGGUGGCAAGCAAAGAAAACCGGGUCCUAUGGAAGACCCUGCAGUUCCAUUAUGCUGUGUUUGAUGAGGCUCACAUGCUGAAAAAUAUUACCACCCAGAGAUCUGAGCAGGUCAUGAAGAUCCAGGCAGAGCGCCGUUUGCUGCUGACAGGGACCCCACUCCAGAACAACCUAGUAGAACUCAUCUCCCUUCUGAUGUUUGUAAUGCCAAAUAUGUUCUCAGGAAAGAGGCAGCUCCUUGUUGAUGCUUUCAAUUUACUUCCAAAAGUGGAAGAGAAUGAGAAAAUACCAGAGACAGAAGUGAAAAGAAGGAAAGAGUAUGAAUGGAACCGAAUCCUGCAGGCAAAGCAGAUCAUGCAACCAUUCUUCCUGCGCCGAGAAAAAGCUGAGGUUCUUGGCCAGCUCCCUUCCAAGACUGUUGAGGUUCAAAACUGCCCCAUGACAGAGAGGCAGGGCCAACUCUACCGCAAAACACUGCUGACCAUCUCAAAGGAGGCAAGAAAAAUAUUGAGGAAACAGAAUGGGAUUGCUCAGUUAAUGCGACUCCGAAGAGCAGCUAAUCACCCUUUGCUACUUCGGACCCAUUACAGUGAUGAUAAAGUGCGAGAACUGGCCCAUUCACUCAUCCGUCUGCCUGAAUAUUCUAAAAUAAGCCUACCAAAGCUGCAAGAGGAGCUUCUUAAAUUCUCAGACUUUCAGCUUCAUCAGACCCUCUCUUUGGACCCUUUGCUGUCAAAACAUUGCUUGCAUGAUGAGGAAAUGCUGGAGAGUGGGAAGUUUCAGAUGCUGGAUUCUUUAUUGCCUGAAAUGAAAGUGCGGGGUGACCGUGUCCUCCUCUUUUCCCAAUUCACUAUGUUAUUGGAUGUUGCUGAAGAGUAUCUUCGUAUCCGGAAUCAUUCAUACCUCCGACUGGAUGGAAGCACACUUGUGUCAAACAGGCAGGGACUGAUAGAGGAGUACAACUCCAAUCCGAAAAUCUUUGUAUUCCUCCUGUCAACUAAGGCAGGUGGCCUUGGGAUCAAUUUGACCGCAGCCAAUGUUGUGAUCCUUCAUGACCUAGACUUUAACCCUUACAACGAUCGUCAGGCAGAGGAUCGUUGCCAUCGUAUUGGUCAGACAAGGGAGGUACGUGUGAUCAAGCUUGUCAGUGAAAACACUGUUGAAGAAGGUAUUCUUCGUGUAGCUCAGAGCAAACUGAAACUGGAACGAGAUCUCCAGGAGACAACUGCAGAUACAGAAGAUAGUUCUGACCUUCUUGGUCUCUUGAAGGAAGCCUUGGAUAGACUCCCCAAAGGCCAGAGUCAUCUGACAUGACCCUGGACGCAGCUCCUAAACUGCCUUUAUCCUGCAUGUGAUUUUUUCUUGUGAUGGUUUUCAUGAGCCCUCUUGUAUU